AUACCCAGAUAGGCAGACAAUCGUAGGGAGACCAGCCUUUGAACUUCAGUUAAAGACUUUUAUCUAUCAAGUGUGACUGCUGCAUCACCGAACGUCAAGUCAAUAAAUCUGUAGUCACCAUGUCAAUCGCAUUUCUAGCUGAUAAAUCACAAUCCAAAAUCACAAAGGACGACCUUAAAGACAUUGCUGCAAACCUCAACAUAACAAUCCAAGAUGGGCCGGAUGCCGAGGCUUAUCUAUUACUUCUCCAGUCCAUGGAGGCAGUAAUGCAACGUAUAGAAAAUAGCACAGAUUACAUUCAUCCAUCCUUAUCACCCGUUUCAACCGCUAAACCGCGAGAAUACUGGCUACCAAGAGACAGAAAUGAACAAAAUCCACUGAAUGCAUGGCGCCAUCGAUGUGAACUCGUCGCCUCAAAACCCACAAGUCGUUUGCUUCAGGGUCGAACCAUCGCAAUCAAAGAUAACAUCUCUAUCGGAGGUCUACCAACAACACUCGGCACAUUUACAGAAAUCCUGUGCAGAGACGGGAAACUCCCGAUUUCACCUAUUGAUGCUUCUGUGGUAUCUAGAAUCCUUGAAGCCGGGGCUAUAAUCAAAGGUUCUUCGAAUUGUGAGAACUUCUGCGCUUCGCCAUUAUCAUAUAGUGCUGCUACGGGACCUGUGCAUUCUCCCUGGUUGCAUGGGUAUACCACCGGUGGUAGUAGUAGUGGUUCUGCGGCACUAGCUUCUGCAAAUAUUGUUCACCGUCAGACCCAGACUGAGAAUAAGUUUGGUCUUACAGUUGACCUCGCUAUAGGCGGUGAUCAGGCAGGCUCCAUUCGUAUUCCGGCUUCGUUUACAGGUAUAUAUGGAUUGAAGCCUACUCAUGGAUUGAUUCCGUAUACCGGGGCAGUUGGUCUGGCUCCCAUGAUUGAUCACCUAGGUCCUCUUGCGGAAAGACUGGAAGAUAUUGCGUUGCUCUUGCAAGUCAUGGCCGGUUAUGAUGGGAUAGAUCCUCGAAUGACCCCUGAAUCACCAUUGAGAAAUCAAGUCCCCGAUUACCCUGAACAAUUAUCCCAGUUUCGAUCUCGUCCACUUGCCGAUGGUGAAGGACUCGGUACGUAUUUCAAAAUCGGCCUGAUAUCAGAGUCAUUCGACAUCCCAGGCCUUACUACCCAAGUCAGAGAUACAGUUCUGCAAUCCUCAAAGAAAUACUUCACACAAGCGGGCGCGAGUGUUUCCGAGGUAUCUAUCCCCAUGCACCGCGAAGGUAUUGUUAUAUGGACAGCAGCCUCACGACCAUCAACAUCCGAAUGGGCCUGUCAAGGCAAACCAGGCGGGUUCCUCACAUUCCCGCCUCCCCAUAUUCAUACCCAAUGGCCACCAGAUCAAAAAAUGUACGAAAUCCUAACAGCCACCAACCCAGCUUUGAUAAAUAUCAUCUUCAACGCACCUUUCAUCAAUCAACGGUUCGGUCCCAUGACGGAGGCAAAAGCGUAUAGAAAAGUGUUUGAGUUACGUGCUGCGUAUGACCGUGCUUUUGAAGAGUUUGACGUACUUGUUACGCCUUGUACGCCGAGUGUGGCUAUGCCUCAUCCUAAAAUGUGCGCGGAUACUGAUGGGCCUGCAAGUUCGAUAAUGGACAAAGUGAAUGUUGCGGUAGGGGUAACGACUAAUACGGCGCCAUUUAAUGUGACUGGACAUCCAGCAAUGAGUGUGCCUUGUGGGUUUGGGAGUGUCUCGGAGAGACCAGAUGUGAAGUUACCGAUUGGGAUGCAGGUUAUUGGGAAGAGGUGGGAUGAGAUGAGUGUUUUCAAAGCGGCUGCAAUCUUUGAGGAGGGCCGUCGUUUAGCUGGUCAGUGA